AUGACUUUUUUCAAUUUUGUGCUUCUCUUCUUUUGUUCCUUUGUUCUACUCUCUGCAAAUGGUGAACCCAGCAGUAAAGGUGAAACCUUUAUUGUUUCAAGCUUCAGCUACCCUCAUACUAGGCUCAGACCCUUUGAUUUGCGCUAUAUUAGAGUUGACUUGCCGUCAUGGUUUUCUUCGAUGUCUAUAGCAAUGAAUUCAGAUGUAGACCUUGAUGUCUCUAGAAUCGAAAGAGUUCCAAUGAGCACACUGCCAAUAAUAUGCUUUAGAGACGGAGGUCCUCCACUGCCAGAUGCCCUAAACUUAACUUUGAAAGAUUCCGCCAUCUCAGGCAUAAAUGGUUUAGAUGUGGAACAAUGCUUCCCUAUGCAGAAAAAUAUCACUAUGAAACUGACAAACAAUCAGAUAUCUCCAGGUGUUUGGUUCAUUGGUCUUUUCAAUGGCAUUGGACCUACAAGAACACAGUCGAAGAUGAUUGUCCGAGGUCCAGCAUACUCCUUUGCUGCCAAUAUAACUGUGGAAGCAUGUACAAAUUCAAUGAUGAUGGGAGAUUUCUGUAACAGUCCCGUUUAUCCAUUUUCAUGCACAACAUCUAAUGUCAAUAGUACUUUGAAAGCUACAACGGUGAACGAGACAAUGCUGGAAAAUUUGAUGACCUGCAAAAGUAGUUUGAAAACUUUUUGUGCUGAUGAAAGCGUAUCAUACAUUUUCUCCUUUGAUAUAAUAAAUGUGGCAGACGAAUUUACUAUUAUGGCAAGUGAUGUCAAAUUCAAUGUCACGCCUUCAAACAAAACAUCUGGUGCAAAUGAUGUCAGUUUAAUGUGCUUUGUUCGCCAUGGUUCAAUGCCUUCAGUUGCUUCGUUCGAUUACUCCAGUGAUUUAAGUAAAGUGCCGCUGGUUAUUCAUUCUCCAUUAAUCGGUCGUUGGUACAUUACUAUUGUACCGAUCAAUCCUAUAAAGAUACAAGAUAGCAAUGUAAGGGUUUGCUAUUCAGUGGAAUCUCAUGUGCUUCAAUGCCCACUUGGGAAGGCUGGUCCAAAUUGUACAAUGGAUAUUUACACGCUUCAGACAUUUGUACGGAGAGGUCCAACUCCCUUUGAAUCAUAUUAUUUACCGGUUAGCGCUGGAGCAUCUUAUACUUCUGCCAAUUUCCCUCUUGAACCACUUUUGAGUAACUCAUCAUACAAUGGCGAACCUGGUAACAUUUGGACUUAUUUACUUUUGGACAUUCCUCGUGGUGCAGCCGGAGGAAAUAUUCAUGUACAACUAUCCUCAGACGUGAAGAUCAAUUAUGAAGUUUACAUUAGAUUUGGUGGACUACCAUCUCUUAUUAACCGAGACUAUCAUUAUGUUAACAAGUCAAUAAAAAGCGACACAUCUAUGUUUUUCAUGCUAUAUGAUUCGAGUGAUGACAAGAUCAAUUUCUAUAUUAUGUAUGCUAGAGAAGGAACUUGGGGUUUUGGUCUUAGAUAUCUUAAUACCAGCCACGAUCCUUCAAAAGGGCCAACUGUCAUGUCUCUUUCGCUUGAACGAUGCCCGAAACGUUGUUCCUCUCGCGGGGACUGUAAAUUUUCUUUUGAUGCAAGUGGCUUGACAUCAUACAGCUUCUGCUCUUGUGAUCGAAACCAUGGAGGCAUCGACUGUAGCAUUGAAAUUGUAUCACAUCAAGGGCAUAUACGACAAUCAUUUUUUCUCAUUGUAUCAAAUGCUGCGGCCAUACUUCCUGCCUAUUGGGCUCUUCGGCAGAAGGCAUUAGCAGAAUGGGUUUUGUUCACAUCUAGUGGAAUUGCUAGUGGACUAUAUCAUGCUUGUGAUCUACCAUUGAUGAAGUAUUGA